AGGACGAGCGAACAUCACCAAGCCAUCGUCAUCAGUCACACGCGUAUGAUGUUACAAAAGAAGAAUUUAAAUGUCCUGUUUGUCGACGUCUGGGAAAUGCUAUCUUGCCAAUAUUACCAUCAGAUGUUAUGCCGUCAAUGUGUAACAAAAAUAAGGUAUUCUUUAGUAAGAAAAUAUUUAUAUAAUUCUACACACACCCACAUUAAAUAGAAUUAAUGCAUGUAACGUUUUAGUAGGAAAUAUAUUAGACUAGUAUGCAUGGUGCCGAAUCCGUAAAAGCAUGGCCAAUUUUUAUUCAACUGCAAUUUAUUCCGUACUGUAAAAAUACAAGCAACCAUAAAUCUAAUAAUAACUCAAUAGCCUUAUUAGUAGGUCAUUGAAUGUUUCAUCUUGAACAUAAUGAUUUGACUCCCCUUGUGGAAACCAACAAACUGUUGACGAAGCUAGCGUCUUUAAAUAACGUUUACCAUACCAUACCAUACCAUACCCAUACCCAUACCCAUACCCAUACCCAUACCCAUACCAUUGUCUUAAAUGUAAAAUAAUGUAUGCUGUUGUAAUUUUUAGGCAAUGUGUCAUCGAGAAACCCUUUGUGAGUUGGAGUCGACGAUGUUGAAAUCCUGUAGUAACGUAUGUUUAACGUAAAUAUUUAAAUUUAGGGAGUAGUUGGAGGAUUAUUUCUUUAUACUUCUAUCGUAUAGUCUGCGAGCAAACGACACUAUCCCCUUUUCUCUUUAGCGGAAAUUUUUGGGCAACUGCAUAUGUUAAUAGGUGUUCAACUGUAUACUUGACCGUAUCUCAUGUGGAAAGAGCAUAAUUUGUUUCCAUAAGUUUCAAUACAGUUGAGGUUGGCUACCAUGUGUAGCACGGUGCCAUCGUACAAAAGCUUAGGAACAUUAGCUUAGAACUCCCCGACUUUACUGUCCAUAUAUGUCCAGGGUUCGAAUUAGCGGCUUGCUAUUCGCAAUUUGCGAAUGUAAAUUCGCUUUUUGCUAAUGAGGUUUUGCAAAAACAAUGUAUUAUAAAGGUUUACAAAAGGUUUACAAGGUUUACUAUUAUUGUAAUUUUGUACUAAAAGGGUGUGUGAAAUGAAGAACAUGUCUACAAUUUCUUCAGAAAAUUUACGAAAUUCGCCACGAAACGACCGCCAUUUUGUUUUGCACAAGCAGUAUUUCCACUUUUCAAAACUGAAAUUUCCUUCAAAUUUUCAAGAAGGAAAUUUGCGAAUCGAUUUUUCCUGUCUAAUUCGAACCCUGUGUGUUUAUAUUGUCACUAUUUGUUUAUGUGCAAGAUGAGUUGUUUAAAUCGUAGUUAAGAUAGUGCAGGGAAAUGCAGGGAUUGAAAAAACAAUACAACUCGUUACAUUAUAUGUUUUCUACGUUUAUAAGAAAUUUGAUCCUUUAUUGUCAUGGUGUGUUCUAUUUUUUUCCCAAUUAACCAAUUGCAUCGUUGUGGCUCAACUUUCCACUCGCGCAACUAAAACAAUGGAUUAUUCCAGCUAUAGACUAAAUUUUGAUCUAGGCAAGAAGAACAAAAUUCAUCACCAUAGCUGGAAAGAGCAUGUUAAAAUUAUAAUAGUACAAUUGCAAAGUUUGGUUGCGAAAUGUUGUAAAAUGCGAAAAAUAUAAGCCAUGCGAAAUUUGCAAAUUUUGUAUUAAUUUGUAUUACGCACGGGAAAAUGCACCACUUUCGGCCCAAAUGUGGUACAAAAUGUACCAGGGAAAAUCCCUUGCGUAAUACAAAUUAAUACAAAAUUUGCAAAUUCGCAUGGCUAUAUUUUCCGCAUUUUACAAUAUUUCGCGGCCAAACUUUGCAAUUUUACUAAUUUACCAUGCUCUUUCUAGCUGUGGUGCUAGAUCAAAAUUUAGUCUAUAGCUCGAAUUGCCUGUUGGCGAAAACCCAAAUGCGCAUGAUUGUGACACGCAUAUUCAAUUAACCACAAUAUGAUUGAAUGAAUUAUUCUAUUUUGAGUAGAUGCCAUGACGUAGUUUAAUCUUUAUGCAUUAAACUGGUUUUAGCUAAAACUUAUAAUUUCGUUUAGAACUGGUCAAAGUUAACGACAAGUGCGCUCCAACCAAGUGUUUUAAGCACAUCUGUGACAUUCUUGGUGGACUCAAUUAAUCGCUUGAAUUUAAGUAAAGAACGUGAAAAUAUGACGGUUUUUCAACACAAGUUUUCACUCAUUGUCGAGACUGCAAGGUAACAUGUGCAAGCAGUCCAUAAAAAAUAACAUGGAUUUCUACUUCAUCAUCCUAUACCUCACUCCACCACACACAACUUCAUUUCAUUUCACAUCACCUCAUUCUACAUUACAUCACCUCAUUCCACCUCAUUCCACCUUACACCACCUCAUUCCACCUUACACCACCUCACUCCACCUCUUUCCACCUUACACCACCCCAUUCUACCUGACACCACCUCAUUCCAUCUCACACCACCUCAUUCUACCCGACACCCUCACUCCACCUCACACGACCCCAUUCCCGCUUGACACCACCUCAUUCUAACUCAUACCACCUCAUUCUAUCUCACACCACCUCAUUCUACCUGACACCCUCACUCCACCUCACUCCACCCCAUUCCCGCCUGACACCACCUCAUUCGACCUCACACCACCACAUUCUAUCUCACACCACCUCAUUCUAUCUCACACCACCACAUUCUACCUGACACCCUCACUCCACCUCACACGACCCCAUUCCCGCCUGACACCACCUCAUUCUAUCUCACACCACCACAUUCUACCUGACACCCUCACUCCACCUCACACGACCCCAUUCCCGCCUGACACCACCUCAUUCCCGCCUGACACCACCUCAUUCUCGCCUAACACCACCUCAUUCUAUCUCACACCACCUCAUUCCACCUGACACAAUCUCACUCCAACUGAGUAGUAUCACUGCAGAUUGAGUGACUUUUUUCUAAAUAGAGGAACAAAUAAAUUAUUUAAAAGUGCUACUCCUUUCCAAGUUUUAUUGUUAGGAAUUAUGUAUUCGUGAGGCUUUUUGAUGUUCUAUAUAGAUCCAAUCUUGAGGCCGAACAUAUAGCAAUGCAAGCUGGGAAACUAUCAUGCACGAGAGAACGUUUCUACGGUAAUUGAUCAAUACAGUUUUGUUCUCAUCGCCGUCUUGUUCUUAAGGCGAUUUAUUAUUCUCAGCCUUGAGGAUAUAAAUUUAUGUCUUGUUUCGAUUGAUUUCUAUCUAUAGGUACAUUGUUACGAACGCUGCAAUUCCAGUGUCAGACACUUGUUCGUCCAUUGUGUCAUGUCUUUGCCCUUUUGACUGGGCGAUCUCUGGAAUCGUGCGGAACAAAGUAAGUUUCUGCAAUCUUUUUUAUCUGGAUAAUAGAAUGUGUAUUGCAAUAACUUUAACCCUGUUACUAUAGACAGCUGGCUAUUUAGUAAAACUUUAUAGUCACUAUAGUUAAAUUUUUUUUUAAACCGAUCCCACCCCCAACCCUUACUAACGCUAUGAAACAAUUUAAGAGUGGAAACAAGUCGGAAAAAGUGUAAAGAAAGUCUUGGAUGGGAUUUGAACCACCAAUGUUCGAGCUUGUAGAUAAACGCCACCGGCAGGCUUGUCGCUGAAUGCUGCCGUAAAAAAAUACUUUUUAUAUUACUAAUUAUGAAAUAUCAGCUGUAAAAUGACUGGCAGUUUUACUAGAUAGCCGUCUGUUUAGUCUUUUUGUAACUUUCUAAUAUUCUAAGAUAAGCUUGCGUGGCUUGUGUCUGAACUACAUGAAAGACUAAAAAUAUUUUAUACUAGCGCAGAUGUUGCAACAAUGGCCCUUCAUCCAGAUGGGAGUAAAUACCAACCUAAAAUGAUCGUGUUUUGUGAUUCAUAAAACAAUAGUGAUUAGUGUUUAUGACGCUAAUUUCUAUAGUUCAUUGUCUGUUAUUGUUAUGAUCAACCAAUCACAAAUCUCGUUCAUAUAUAGGUUGGUAGCGACCCCCAGAUGGUGAGUGACCAAAUACUACCUACCUACAUUGUACCCAUGCGCGUUUGAAAUAGAAUUAAACUGUGUAUUAUAGACCAACAUGUCCUAAACAGAUUUUCUUAUGCACUUGAUUGGCGAAUUCAAUAGUUUGUUGUAAAUUUUCUACAGUCCGGGCCAAAACUCAUGUGGACACUUAAUCCACUUUUGCAAAAAUCAUAACAAACAGCUAAAACUUGAAUUUACAGGCAUAUCUCCCUCUUCAAUGUUGAUGUCCGAAUUAUAUACACUUCUUAUUUGAUGAAAAAUCCCAAUUUAGAAAAAAACACCACCGAGUCCAAUGUCUGUGGGUCCACAACGUUUUGGCCAGGAUUGUAGAUGUUUUACAGUAAAGAGAAAGAUAUGUUGAAGCAGAUUCAACAUAUCACGUGGUUUUGUUUUAGGUCAGAUGAAGAUAUUCCAAUAAAUGAUGUUCCGUUGUUGUUAAGAGAUUGUGUUUGUUUACUUCUUCAACUUGUUUUAUCAUGGCCUGCACCACUUAGUCUUAGUAAGUUCUUUGUUAUUGUUGUGAAUUAAUUGUGUAACGCAAGAGGGAUAAUGUAAGUAUUCUAUAUAAUAGUGGCAGAUACUCUUCUUUAUACUUCCUGACAUACGUCCCUUGUUUUAUAUAGAGUGUUUUCAGUGUUUGGUACAGAUUGUUUUCAACGUUGUUUUGGUUCAAGUGAGUUGCUUCAAUACAUCAAUGCACCCUUCCGGAAAGUAUGUCAUCUUGACCAUAGAGCCUCGUUUUCGUGUACAUGGCGUUAGUUAAAGUUCAGCGGAGCCAUCACGACAACGAAGCUCAAUAGCCAAGGUGACGUACGUUCAGGAAGUGUAUAUUAGCCGUUCUCACGCUAUGCGACCAGGCCUUGCCCACCAUUUGGAGGGCGGGGAACCGCGCAGGAACAGAGGAUGGCAACAAAUGAAGUAGUGAAUUUAGUGACGUAAAUAGUAGUUUUAAACAAUACUAAUGAUGUGUCUUUCCUUCACUAAAUGCACUUCUUCGCUUGUUGCUGUUUAUUUUCCGCCCUGGUUGCAUGGCAUAAGGAAGGCUAAAGCCCGUUCUCCACUAGGCGAAUUUUUUCGCGCGACGCGAAGCGAAAAACAAAUCUUGACAAUGUGAUUGGUCAGCGAAAAAAUUCGCCGCGAAAAAGUUGGAUCAGUUCCUACUUUUUACUGUUCGCGCGAACAAAUUCGCCUAGUGGAGAACGGGCUUAACUCAGGUGUAAAUUUAAUCCUAUCUCCAAGUUUUGAAAAUUGCAGCAUUCAGAUUCUCUUCUAUAUUUACGAUAAUAAAAGUGUCCAUAUUGCUGUAAGCCAUGCAAUAACAGGAUUCCACUGGUUAUAUUAUUUCCAAAAUGAAGUAAUAAUAUAAGUAUGUGUGAUUUCUAGGCGUUAGUUAAAACAUACUGUGCUCUCACUGAGGAUGAGAGAACAUCUUGGCAGUUCCAUCCAAAGAAAUGCAAGGUAAAUUUAAUUCAACCUUGCGUAUCAAGGUGUCACAUAAGUAGUAUGCUACAGUUUCUACAUUCUUGAAUGUUGUGUAUUACUAUUCUCCCAGCCUGCGUGUCCUAGCCUGCGUCUCAGGCUCACAUGGAGGCUACUAUUCUCCUAAAGGAGUUAAAGGCCUAUCUAAACGAUACGAUUAUUUUGGCGUGUGAAAAUUACUGUUGACCCCACAGUUCUUAUUCACUUAGUUCAUGGCGAAAUUUUUUUGCGUGAUUAUUCGUUUACAUACGCCUAGGGCCGUACCUAGGGGGGGGGGCUUUGAAUGCAUUGAUAUUUGGCUUUGAUCUGAAUGCGUUAAUAUUUGGUUACUUAUUCCAGCAUAUAGGUACUACUACUCCCUCGGGCUCGGUUGUUCAAAGCUGGAUUAACGCUAACGCUCGGUUAAAAUUCUGCACGUCUGUUUGUUUCAAAACUUCAGAGAAGAAAACUCCUACUGAUUCAGACACGAUUUCUAAAGAGAUAUUUCCAAAUUUAUAAACAAGCUGUUGGGAAGUUUGCUUUGAAUUUUAGGUUAACCUAGGAUUAAGUUAAUCCAGCUUUGAACAACUGGCCCCUGGUGAAAAAAUCCUGCGCACAGCCUUGCAUAUACGCCAGAAUGAAAAUCGUACACGACUAAUCGUAUUGUGUAGACCGGCUUUAACAAGAAGUUUUACCUCGAAGAAUUGCAACUAAUAAUUAACUAUAACGAAUAACAGUCACGUAAUAACUUAUUGCUGCAUUCCUGGUAAAUUGUGCUUCGCCUUACCUGGCUUCUUUCAACCAACCACAUUACCUAUACGCAUUACAUAUGCUGAUCAUUGAUUUUCAUAAUAAUACGAUUCACACCUAUACGGAAACCAUAUUCUGAACUAUGGAGUCGUAUGAAAAACGGAACUGAUAACGUGGAACUGUUUUUUUUUCGCAGCGACUCGGUGAUGUUCACUUGUCUACAGAUAUUUUACUGGGUUAUGUUUGUCUUCAGUUGGCUGACAGUAAGUUAUGCCAAGCCACAGAAGAAUGUCCCGGGGUACGUAUAUCAUUGCUCUGAUGAUGGCCUAUUACCACAUCAAAAACUCGUUUUCGACUCUGACUUUCGCGCUUUUCAUCUCGGAACGCCGCUACCUUUGUCGAAAAGUUCGAACAUUUGAAUAAAAGGGUUUUUGUCACAUGAGGCAUGUUCUCAAAGAUUUAGAAUGUCGGCAUCUCACUCGAUAGAACUAAUUGUAAGAAGGGUUUUGUUGAUGGAAAUUUCGAGUGUAAAGUUUAUACACAUUUAUUAGACCUUACCAGGAGCAGUUGCGAAAAAUACAACUAUAGGCCUUCUGCCAGGAACCGAACCUGCGGCCCUGCGUUUCCGGUGCAGCGUUCUAACCAACUGAGCUGCAGAGUCCAGUUGUUAAGCACUAACCACAAGUUCAUGGAAAAAUAGAUGAUGCCAACGUGGAUUUUGGGCAUCACACUCGAUAGAACUAAAAUUUACACUCGAAAUUUCCAUCUCCAAAACCCUUCUACAAUGUUCUCAAAGAGGAGUUCUUCAAACCUUGCUUUUACCCAAGGCUUUUACCCUACAGGCGGUUUCAGGGCCGUAGCGACCGGGGUGUGUGUGUGUGGGGGGGAGGGUGUAACACCCCCUAACAUUGUUCAUGAGCAAUUUCAGGUAGAUUUCCAGUAGAUUUUCAGGUAAAUUCAGGUAAUUCUCAGGGCAUAAAAAAGUGAACUCUAUAGUCUGAAUCAGAAUUAGAGUUAACAAUCCGGCGAACAAACUAAGGACGUUGAGACGUGUUGUAGCAGGGGGAUAAUUGCCAAAUAAUAUUUCUGACGAUCUGGAGACUCCUGAUUUCAAAACGUUUCUCAAUUUUCCUAGUCACAAUAAACUGUAAGUAGCAAUACUUAUCUUCAUUGUUAGGCAAUACUAAAAUAUUGAAAUAUUGGGUAGGAAAGACUCUAAAAAUGCCAUUUCCGACGGUCUAGAGACUUCAAAUUUUCAAAAAAAAUUCCUCGGCGCCAACCAUGGUCUAACCUCACCCCCCAAGGCAAAGCCUUGGCAACGACCCUGGGCGGUUUUGCAAAACGAUAUAUAGGCUAAUCCUCUAUUAUCAUAUGGGUUAUAACACACCUCUAACUCGUUUUGUUUUGUGAUUUUCAAUUCUAGAUUUCGCAAUCAGUGUGGUCUCCACAUUCUGUUGAAGCCACUCUUCAGAAAUGUUGUCUACCAUUUCUACGUCUUGUCUCUUCCUUGUCCACGUUAUGUUAUUCCACUGAAUGUUCUGCUACACAGGUCAGUUGUGAAUUUUAUAUUUGAAAUACGCAACUAGAGAUAUAUUAUUGUAAAACUCUCGUCUGAUUUCCCGGGGGAUUGAAACUUUUCAAAACAGUCUCAUUACAUGUAGGUUUAUGAUAAGUAUAGGUAAUAGCAUGGUUUCGAGUGCAGUUUGGAUAUAACAUGCACGAGUGAGUUUUUCAAAGACCUCAAAAUAGCACGAGUCCGAAGGACGAGUGCUAUUUGAGAUCUUUGAAAAACUCACGAGUGCAUGUUAUAUCCAAAUUUCACGAGAAACCAUGCUAUUACUUAUUAAUAAUUUACAUAAAAAUGUUCGAGACAAUUGUAGUUUUAACUUACGCGUUUAUAGCGAACAUUCCACUGGCAAAGUUUUCCUGGCUUUGUUAUAUCACAUUAUACAACGCUAACAGCUUGAAAAUUCCACUCAACUAUGUAAUUUUUGUUAGUCUUGUUUAAGGUAAAUGCUUUUCCAUUUAAAAAUAAAGAUAAAAGCCAUAUUUUCCACGCGAAGGCAACUUUACUUUGUGUAGCGCGGCGCCAUAUUUGUUUUGUUUUGAAGCAAUCUGUGACCGUUACUUCUUUAAACUAAAUUGCUUUAAACUGAUUGGUUGAUUUAAUCAUCACCAAUCAGAUCAUUUUGUUACAGAUUUUUGCACUGUGAUUACAGAAAAUUGCACUGCUGUUUGGGAUUAACUGCACUGAAAUCAACCAAUCACAGUCUCAUUAUAGGUUUAUGAUAAGUAUAAUAAGACAGCUGCGGAUUUUGAGAGAGAUACAAUUACCGAAAAAUAUAAGCAGGACGUUUCGAGCGAAGACUCUUCGUCGGGAAGUUAUUAUAUAGCAAAGUUAGUUAUAGCAAGUAAUAAUGGCAUGACGUUUCCCAUGGUUCCAGACUGAAGACGAAGGUUCUUUUAUGUCCAAAGACCAUAAAUCACAGCGCAUGACAUAUAUACCACAAUCGGGGUACUCACGUAAGGGGAAAAAGUGAGGCAACCUGUCCCCAAAGUGGGAGAAACUGUACUUAAUGGUCAACGUUAAACUUUAAAUGUUCUAGCUGCAGUAAUGCCUGUAGUGGAAGAAAGCAAAACGCUUGAUGUUUGUAUUUUAGGAUGAUGAAAAUGAAUUCUAUUUAUUAACCAAGUCACUGGGUUUUCAUAACGAAACUGUCCCUUCCUCGGCAUUCUCCAUUACUGACUGUUUUAAUUGGUCACACGAACCUCCGUUAACAUUGAUUAAAACUUGGUGCAAACAACUACGUCAUGUUUCUCAUCGACAUGACUCGUUUCCUAAGGUACAGUAUGAUUGACUACUGUGUGUAGGAUUUGCUACAUCAAACGAAAACGAAGCUAAAUCAAUUUUUCAACAUUUUUAUUUUCGACUGGAUAUCUAGGUUAUUUGAUUUGCAAAUAAGAUGGACAUGAUUGGCAAGGCAAUAGUCGUUCAAACCUACCUCUCACGUCUUCGAGUCAGGCACUCACAUAUCAAACAAUCUGAAAGAUAUCGGGAAAAAUAAGGAAACUUAAAAUAGAUUUCUUUCUAACUAGAUAAACUGUAGUCUGUAAUUUCAUUGCCGAUGUCCAGUAGGAACUCGAUAUUUUAUAAUCAUUUGAGUUUCGUUUUAGGAAUAGAGUGUUUGCAUUGGGCUUUCUGUUGGCUCAAUAAAACCCAACAUACUCGCUCCAGGUCUGUAUUUGAGUAUCACGCGCAAUAUGCUAAUUCACGCCCAAGUGCAUGCUUGUAGAAUAUCUAAUUAGGCGUUGGGUUUUGUUGGGCCAACAGAAAACCGAACGCAAAUAAACUAUUCCUAAAACGAGUGUAUUUAUCAUAGUUCCUGAAGAAAAAAAUAUGUCAUUUUGUCUCAGGUUCGGGCUGCACCGGAACUACUGUAGAUUCCGAUCGGAACCGGAGUUUAAAAAAGACGUUAUACGUUAUUAAUAAAUGCGUUUAUCGAUUUUCACUCUUUUGCAUGUUCUAGGAUUUAUUUCCAGGCAUGGAUCAAUGGGAGAUACCAAGAUUAGUGGAGUUACCUGAACGCUAUUGUCGGUAAGUAUAACUAAUCUUCUAUUUACUUGAGGAGGCAUUGAAAAGAGAUGGUGUAAAGAAAAACUUAUACAGCUAGAGAAAGAAAGACUGAACAGCAAAGACUAUAUAAAGAAAAAUAGAGAGCUAUAAUAUUAAAAUAAUAAAAAAAACUUCAAGAUCUUGAUAUGUUUUGUAUAAAACUACGAAACCGUCCAUGCGUAUCAUAUCCUAUAUUUCAAGAGUUUCCUGCAGCCAAUCAUUGUACACUGUGACAUCAUAUUGAUAUUCGCUUGUAGUGAUUGACCGAAUCGGGCCGAUUAUUGCUUAUCAGUCGACAAUCGGAAUCGGUAAAAGUUCCAGCAUGUAAUGUAUUUAAUUUCUGAUUGUAUACAACCGAUUAUUUUGAAAAUAAUAUAAUUGUUUAGAGGCACUCAAUCUACCAAGCUGAAGAAUAUCGAAGUCUCUUUUGCAAAGCCAUGAACUGCUUAGUGGGUGGAAAAUUGCUUUCUUUUGUGAUAAAAUGAUGCCUUAAAUGCCGGUUUUUUUCUAGUUUGUUUUUGGCCGAAAAGCCAUUUAAAAUUGUUUAUGCAAUUUACAUACAAAUUGAAUGACGUCAGUCAACUAGUUUGGGAUCGGAAUCGGGCCGAUUGUGAUUUGGAGCAUCGAUAAUUUCCGAUUGUGACCUGAUCGGUCAGUACAAGCAAGUAAGCAAGCUAAAGAGCAAGCUAAAGGUCGCCACCAACCUAUAUACAGUGUACAUGCAGGUUUUGUGAUUACAGAGAUUGGUUGAUCAUGAGAGUGAAACACAAUACAUCUAAAGAAUGAAUCAAUCACAAAAAUGUUCAUUUUUGGUUUGUAUUUAAUACCCCCAAGCUAUGAACGUUUGGCAAAAUAUCUUACUUCGUCAUUUAAAGGACACUUAGUUGGGAACAUUUGUUGCGCAAGUACUUUAUAUAUUUAAAUGCAUUUAAUUUAUUAUUUAUACGCUGUAUUUUCAGUUUAUUUCAAACAUAUCGGAAAAAAUCAUGUGAAACAUGUGACACCAUACCUGAUGAACCAACGCUAUGCUUGGUAUGUGGAACAUUCCUUUGCUUGCGAGGCAAAUGUUGUGAACGCCAAAAUACACGUGAAUGUGUAAGGGUAAGUAAUGGUCCAUUAUAUUCUUAAGGUGGCUCGAUAUAGUUAUCACUAAAACCCUGCUCAUGCAAGAAUCGCGAACUCAAAACAGGGUGACCAUUUUUACGCGCAGGUCGCGGAAACUGAUUAACAAAAUGAAAGAACUUCCAAAAUGACCUGACGUGAGCGGUUGCUCGCGCCAUAUCACGCCAUUGCGCGUGUUCUAUAGCGUUUUAUGUCAAUUGCUGACGUCAUUAGAAUUUUCCAUUUUAAAAACCAAUGGCGCUAUAUCUCUUUAUUUUAUCUGGUGACCUAUGUUCAAAUUUUGCAUGCUGUAUUGUAUCGCUAAAAACUUUCAUUAUACAAAAAAUAUAAAAAUUCUGUAGUGCCAAAAAAAUUUUACCGAAGAAUAUGACAUUUUCGCAUUUUCCAAAAAAAUGGCAUUACAGAAUUUUUUUAUAUUUUGUUCAUUGUUAGCUUUUUGUCCAAGUAAAAUAAUGCACGAAAAAAAAUUGGGGGUCACCAUUUUUCCAACUAUACGAGAAGAUAGGCCAUUUUGGAGGGAAUUUCGUACACGUAUGUCGUCAUAGCAACGAACUCUCUGUUACUAAAACUAAUAUAAUUUGAAAGUAGAGUUAUCAAAAUAUAUAAAAAAACCAAUAUCUGCUGAAUAAAUCCUAAAAAUGCGUAGUUUGAACAUGUCAAAGUGUUAAACACCUGAAUUUUUGAAAACUGUAUCGAGCCACCUUAACUCAUAUAUCGUGUAAAGAAUUAACCUGCGGGUUUUGUGGGCAUGCAGCAACAUUAGGAAAAUUGAUUGCAUGACACCAACAGUUAGCAGUUUGUACAUCCUGCCCCACUCAAAACCGCUUCGGCAAGAUGGGUUUCUCUCAUUAGAUAUCAUUAUUAUUGUAACAGUUUCUUUACUUGACUUUCUCAAAAGGCAUGGACGAUGCAAAUGGAAGGGAAUAAUAGGCUGUUGCGGUAUUUGAAAAAAAAAAAAAAAAACGAAAACCGACACCGGAAAAAAAAUACCGAUAUAUCGGUAUUUUUUCGCGAUUGUAUUUUGCUUAAUUUUAUGCAAAAUUUGCUUCAUUUUAUGCAAAAUUUUCUGUUUUCAAAUGACGCCAAAUGACCGCGAUGUAACAAAAGAAAUGUCCGCUUUGGGAAUUGAAAAUGCAUAUAUUUGCAUUGAUUAUCCGCACUCGGCCUCAAGAUGAAUCGUGAGUUAUAUUUUUGGCUGGGAAAUUUGUUUCAAAACAUGUUAUUCAACUGCGAAUUCGAAACAAAGAUUGUCCUAUCUCACCAGAUAAAUAAUGACCAAUGAGGUUAGUUUUUUUUUUAAACAUUUGUAAUCCGGCGUUGUAUACGUUCUAAAAGUUCACUUUUUGACAAGCGAAAUGACGUAUUACUGAAUAAUAUUGAUAGCCUUAAAUGCUGGUGAUUUUCGUUGAGCAGUUUUUAUAAGUAAUGGUACAGUUUACUGUACAAUUCGGUAAAAAAACAUGGACCGGUAAGACUAUCAUGAGACACCAUGCUAGAACUUAUUAAUAUGUAUGACAACAGGGUUCGUAGUGGUCUUUGAAAUCCUUGAAAGUCUUUAAAUUGGAAUGCAGGUCUUUGAGGUCUUUCAAAAGUCUUUACAUUGUGUGAAAAAACGAAGAAAGUCUUGGUGAGGAAUUGAUUAUACGAUUUCCUAGCUAAUAAAAUAGAUUGAUUGAAUCAAGAUUUUCGCAAAUAUCGACGAAAAUGCGCAUUUUAGGAUGUGAUUUGGCGGGACUAAUUACUGGGUAAAAAUGGGGCUUACACUCGCAAUUUUUGUGGCUGAUUGCUCUCAAAGGUCUUUGAAAAGUCUUUAAAAAUAGGCAGAAAAAAUCUUUGAAAGUCGUUGAAUUUUUUGGUCUUGGAGACUACGAACCCUGGACAAAAUCUUCAAAAUGUUUCUUAUCAUAUAACAUGACUAAAAUAUUUUGCAGCAAAACGUUUUCUAUUACGAAAAUAAUUUUUUGCACAAAUUUAAAUAUAUUCAAAAAUGCACUGAAUUACUGACUUUGUAUAGCACUAAAUUUCAAUAAAAUAGUUGAAGGUAUUGUAGAUGGAAGUUAUCGUGUGGAAAUUUUAAUGUAUUUGUUUCGUGAGCAUUCAGAUAGAAUUUGAUGCCCUUGAAACAAAGAAGUGCGUUGUGUUUCGUUUCGAUUGGAGUGGAAAUCAGACUUUAUUAAUACUCUUAAAUAAUUAUAUUGUAUAUAUGUGUUGCUGUAAAUAGUGCACGACUAAAUAUUGAAUUAAUAUACUGUAAUUUAAAGUUGCAGGGCCCCACUGAAAAACACUUCGGUGAUGUGGGUAUCCUGGAUAAGUAUGAAGAUGAUAAUAAUUAACAAUUAUUCGCCGAAGGCGAGGUGAUUAUCGGUGAAUAAAAACCGAGACGAAGUCGAGGUUUUUAUUCACGAUAAUCACCGAGCCUGAGGUGAAUAAUUGUUUUAGUAUAAUUUCAUAGGUGAUUAUAUGGAAAAAAUAAAAAAAAUACACAUUUCUUUGUCAUUUAAUUGACAAAAAGGCUUCGGCCGCUAUUUUGAAAAUCGCUUAGGUGAUUAUCGCGUAAUAAUCACCUCAACGGCAACCAAUCAGCGUGGAGAAUUUUCAAUAAUCACCUAUGUAAUUAUACUAAUAAUUUAUAACAUUUAUUAGACAUAACCAAGAACAGCUGCGAAAAAUGCAACUUUAGGUCCCUGGAAUCGCAGGGCCGAUUGCUACCGAGUAAUUCCCGGGAAUUCAAAGGACAAAGAGAUAUUCUCCCAAUCUCAUCCCCAGGGCCUCGUUGUGGUAGAACACGAGACCUGGAGUCGAGGUUGAUGUUCGCCAUAUUGAAUGAAAUUAUAUAGGAAACAAUCACAUUAUGGUAUGGCAGCUACAAUGACGUAACUUGCACAAAAGAAUAGAUUCAUAAAGUCUUUUUGAAAUCACUGUAGUCUUUGUUUUACAAGUUAUAUAAAACAUCUGUUAUAUAAAACAUCUGCAUAUGUUUGUGUUUCAGCACGCAAUGGAAUGUGGUUAUGGUACUGCAAUUUUCUUAAUAUUAAUGUCGUCAAGUGUAUUUGUAAUACGUGGUGAGAAAGCAAGUGUUUGGGGCUCGGUUUAUCUCGAUGAAUUUGGCGAGGAAGAUAUUGAUUUAAGGUGAGAUCUUUACCUGAAUCACUUUGUAAUAAUUUAAAAUCGCGGAAACCUCCCGACGUUUUCGUUUCGAUAACAAUUAUAAACAAUUGUUGAAUGAGGUUGAGUAUGAUAUCGAGAAUAUUCCAUCGAAGUCGAAGGCUGAGAUGGAUACUGACACAAACCGAGACUUCGAUAAUUCUCGAUAUCACACGAAAACCGAAUUCAAUAAUUGUUUUAUUAUAUAUUCAAAAGCUAGAAAGAAAGCAAAGCCAUUGUUUACGCUUUUAAAAAUAUGGAAUUUUCGCGCGCUUUUUAGCAAACAAUGGAGCGCACCGGGGCUUGGUAACCACAGCGUGCAAGGCUUCAAGAUACCGAGAAUUAUCCGACGCGUUUUGACCAAUCACAAACGAGAAUAGACUUUGAAUAUAUAAUAACAAGGGUUAUCGAAUUUGUCCAAAUAUAUGGCUGGUUGAAUGGACCUACCGAUAUGGCCAAGAGAUGAAUUUCAUAAUAGAUUAAGCAUUUCUAAUCUUGUACCACGUGUACUGUACCGGAGCAAAAUCUGCUGAUUUCUUGUUAAAUCGAUGUACAUGUUUUGUUUUUUUCAGACGAGGGAAGCCUUUGUUUCUGUGUCAAGAUCGCUAUAAGAAACUUCAAGAGCAAUGGAUUUCUCAUAAUUUUGAUAGUAUUUGUAAAACAUGGGUACUACAUCAUAAUAAUUUGUAAAUAAUCGGUUAUACCUAAUAUUGUACAAAUUUCAUAAAUAUUUGUGUAUAGACAGUUCACGAAUUUGCAUGUAUUUAUAUUUAUAAAAGAUUAAUUUUGCGUGAAAGUUUAUAUAUUAAAAGUGAAGAAAAUGCG